UUAUAAAGAGGCUCAAAAUCGGUUUUGGAGCAUUCUCAGUCUAACUUCGUCAGUGUUUACUUAAAAGUUCUCAACUCGCAAUCAUGACUGGUCGUGGUAAGGGAGGAAAAGGAUUAGGAAAAGGAGGAGCCAAGCGGCAUCGUAAAGUUCUUCGUGAUAACAUCCAGGGUAUCACUAAACCAGCUAUCCGUCGUCUGGCUCGUCGUGGUGGAGUCAAACGUAUUUCUGGACUCAUCUACGAAGAAACUCGUGGUGUUCUUAAAGUCUUUCUUGAGAACGUCAUCCGUGACGCAGUCACCUACACUGAGCACGCCAAGCGGAAGACAGUCACCGCCAUGGACGUUGUCUACGCUCUAAAACGUCAAGGCCGUACUCUUUACGGUUUUGGAGGCUAAUUUUAUUACUCGACCCAGCAAUUUAUUAAACCAAACGGCCCUUUUCAGGGCCACCAAAUUUUUCAUACGUUAAAAAUAAUCAAGUUUUAUUCUGAAUGCUAAAAUAUCAUUAAUCUUUAUUGAUGAACAAUACUUUGUAACAAACUUAUGUAAACGAAUUAUAUAGACAACAAAUAAAUUAAGGUGCCACCUCGUGUUUGACAAAUUACCUCAUAGCCACUAACAAUUCAUUAUUUUAAUAAAUUAUGAUCCUAAAAAAUUAAUAUUAUCCUAUAAACAGCUCCAUAACCCAUUUACGAUUAUCAUCAGCAAAUAAAAUACAAUUUUUAUGAAUAAUAUCCUUGCAUUCCAAUUUCAUUAUUGGAGCGUUUUCUACUUUUGUGGUUAGUUUUGCUCCGUAAUUGCGUCGAUCAAUAUUUCCGUCAACCUUUUCCAAUGCUACCAACUCUCAUACUGAAUUUCAAUUUAUUUACACUAAUAAAUAAACAAUUUGAUGUUACAUUUUUUAUCCAAUAGAAAUAAAAAUGAUUUGUCAUGACUAAUAAACCAAUGUCAGUAAUAAUGAUAAUAUAUUAUACGUUGCUAUGAGUUAAUAUUCCAAAUGUGCAAUAGUUCAUCUAAAAUUAUCUCAUGUAGGCAUGGCAACUAGAGAAAAAAAAAACUUAUGUUUUCCAAUAAUAAUUUUAACAAUUAAUUUAAUUAGAGUCUGAUCCCAGCAUUGAUAAUAAGAUCUUACAGCUUAAAAUCAUCUUACCCAUGCAAAAAAAUAUGGGUAUGGCUAUCAGGUGAUGUGUUCGAGCCCUCUUCCGCCCUGGCGCAUCGGUGCGCCUUCCCAGAUACCCGGGAAAUUUAAAUGCAUAAUUAAUAUUGAUAUUAAAAAAAAAUAAAUAUCCAACAGAAAAA